AUGGAUUCUAACAGAUUUUUUUUAUUGUUUCAGUUUGUAUUUUUGUUAAUCUCCAAUUAUAUUCUUAUAAUGGCUGUAGUCGAAGAAAAACAUGAAAUUGGAUCUCAAAAUGAAGUUGUUCAACACAUAGAAAAAACAAUGAAAGAAAUUUAUUCCAAACGACUUUCAAGUCCUCAGUGGAAAAUAAGUGAUUUUGAAAUUGGAACACCACUUGGUCGUGGGAAAUUUGGUCGUGUAUAUCUUGCAAGGGAAAAAAAUACGGAAUAUAUGGUUGCUUUAAAAAUGAUGUUUAAAUCAGAAUUAGUAAAAGAUCACAUGGAACAUCAAGUGCGACGAGAAAUUGAAAUUCAAACACAUCUUAGUCAUCCCAACAUUUUAAAAUUGCUGACUUAUUUUUGGGACGAAAAGAAAAUAUAUUUAAUUUUAGAAUUUGCCCAAGAGGGUGAAUUAUUUAAAGUAUUGAACGCGCAGCCACAUAAACGUUUUGAUGAACCAACAGCUGCAUAUUAUUUACGGCAAGUAGCUGAAGCUUUGAGAUAUUGUCACUCACAAAGUGUUAUUCACAGAGAUAUAAAACCAGAAAAUCUUCUAUUGUUUAGUCAUCAUGUUGUGAAGUUGGCAGAUUUUGGUUGGUCUGUCCAUGCACCAUCCAAAAGUCGAAACACCAUGUGUGGCACUAUUGAUUAUUUACCACCAGAGAUGGUUGACUCUCAAACAUAUAACGAAUAUGUUGAUAAUUGGUGUUUAGGGGUGCUAUGUUAUGAAUUUUUGUGUGGAGCUCCACCUUUUGAGAGCUCAGAACAGGCAGAAACUUUUAGAAAAAUUCGUGCUGUGAUGUAUGGUUUCAAACCUCAUAUGAGUGAGAGCUCUAGACAAUUAAUUUCAAAGCUUUUGCUUAAAGUCCCAAAGUCUAGAUUACCACUAACUGAGGUCAUUGAACAUCCAUGGAUUAAAAAAAAUUGUGAAAUAUUUACUAAUACUAAACUACCAUUAAAUAUCUACUAUUAA